AUGGGUUUUCUACUGAAAAAGCCCCACGAUGCGGCUGGGUCUGCAGCCCCGGCCAUUAUCAUCGGCCUGUUUGUCGCAUUUGGAGGAUUGCUCUUCGGGUUCGUUGGAUCGUUCGCCGUGAGGCAUCGAUAUGACACCGGCACCAUCAACGGCAUUCUGGCCAUGAAAUACUGGCGUAAACUCUUCUCCACCGGCUACAUCAACCCCGCGGACAACUAUCCCGAUGUGACCUCGUCGCAGUCGUCCAUGAUCGUAUCGCUGCUGUCCGCGGGCACCUUCUUCGGCGCCUUGACGGCGGCCCCCGUCGCCGACUACUUUGGUCGCCGCAUCGGCAUGAUCCUCGACACCGGUGUCUUCUGCUUUGGCGUUAUCCUCCAGACGGUGGCGACGUCGAUCCCGCUAUUCGUCGCGGGGCGGUUCUUCGCGGGGUACGGUGUGGGUUUGCUGUCGGCCACUGUGCCGCUGUACCAGUCCGAAACCGCGCCCAAGUGGAUUCGAGGCACCAUUGUCGGUGCUUACCAGCUGGCUAUCACCAUCGGACUGCUUGUCGCGGCCGUGGUGAACAAUGCGACUAAGGACCGUAUGGACACGGGGUCCUACCGCAUUCCCGUCGCCGUGCAGUUUGCCUGGGCAAUUAUCCUCGUCACGGGUAUGAUUGUUCUGCCGGAGACGCCGCGCUUCCUGAUUAAGAAGGGUAAGCAUGAAGCGGCGUCUAAGGCGCUAGCUCGGCUGCGUCGUCUCGACAUCAAUAACCCGGCUAUCGUCUCGGAGCUGGCGGAGAUCCAGGCCAACCAUGAAUACGAGCUCAGCGUCGGCAAGGCCAGCUACUGGGAGAUCCUCAAGGGCACUCUCGGAAAGCGUCUGGCGACCGGAUGUGCGGUGCAGAUGCUGCAGCAGCUUUCGGGAGUGAACUUCAUCUUUUACUAUGGAACAACCUUCUUCGAGCACUCCGGCAUUAAGAACGGCUUCAUCAUUACCCUGAUCACGAACAUCGUCAACGUCGUCUCCACCUUCCCGGGUCUCUAUAUGGUCGAGAAAUGGGGUCGUCGUCCGCUGCUCCUCUUUGGGGCGGUGGGCAUGUGCGUGUGCCAGCUGAUCGUGGCCAUCGUCGGCACCGUCGCCACCUCUGACGUCGCCAACAAGGUGCUGAUCGCCUUCGUGUGCGUCUACAUCUUCUUCUUCGCCUCGUCUUGGGGCCCUGUCGCCUGGGUGGUCACCGGCGAGCUGUUCCCACUCAAGGCCCGCGCUAAAUGCUUGUCCAUCACCACCGCGACGAACUGGCUCUUCAACUGGGCCAUCGCCUACGCGACGCCGUAUAUGGUCAACGCGGGCCCCGGCAAUGCGAACCUCCAGUCCAAGGUCUUCUUUAUCUGGGGCGGCUUCUGUUUCUUCGCCAUUAUCUUCGUGUACACCUGUAUCUACGAGACUAAGGGCCUUACCCUGGAGCAGGUCGACGAGCUGUACGCCAAGGUCGCUGUCGCGUGGCAGUCGACCUCAUUCAGGCCCUCGGUGCAUUACACGGAUGUGCGCGAUGUCGCCGAUGGACAUUCUGAUGUGGAUCUGGUGAAGCUCGAGGCCGAGGCCCAGGUGAAGCAUGAUGCGGAGCAUGUUGAGAGCGCAUGA